AUGGCUUCAUUAAAUCAUUCUACAGUAACCAUGUUUAUCUUAGAGGGAUUAACAGACCAGCCAGAGCUCCAAGUCUUCCUCUUUAUCUUAUUCCUGGGAAUCUAUGUUGUCACUGUUGUAGGAAACCUGGGCAUGAUCCUACUAAUUGCUAUUGGCCCUCAGCUACAGUCUCCAAUGUACUACUUCCUCAGCAACCUGUCCUUUGUGGAUCUCUGCUACUCCUCAGCCAUUACUCCUAAACUCUUGGUAAAUUUUGUAGGAGAUAAAAACAUCACAUCCUACAAUGACUGUAUGACACAACUUUUUUUCUUCUGUUUUUUUAUUGUUUCUGAAUGCUACAUGCUAACAGCCAUGGCCUACGAUCGUUAUGUUGCCAUUUGUCGCCCACUGCUUUAUAAUGUCAUCAUGUCUCCACGUGUCUGCUCCUUUUUGGUAAUGGGGGUAUAUACUAUGGGUACCUUUACCACUCUGGUUAAUACAACUUGCAUGGUCAGAUUGUCUUUUUGUGGUCCUAAUGUUAUUAAACAUUAUUUCUGUGACAUCAUACCCCUUCUGAAGCUUUCCUGCUCUAGCACCUAUCUCAAUGAGCUUCUUUUGAUGAUUAUUGGUACAUUCAAUGUAUUUUCAACAACUGUUGCCAUAUUCAUCUCUUAUGCUUUCAUCCUAACCAGCAUCCUUAGCAUUCAGUCUGCUGAAGGAAGGUCUAAAGCCUUCAGUACCUGCAGCUCCCACCUGGCAGCUGUUGCUAUCUUUUAUAGCACCAUUAUUUUCAUGUAUCUUAAGCCAUCAUCAAAAAAUAGCAUGACUCAGGAGAAGGUAGCCUCGGUAUUUUAUACCACAGUUAUCCCCAUGUUGAAUCCUCUAAUCUACAGCCUGAGGAAUAGGGAUGUGAAGGAUUCUAUGAGGGUCACCUUUCAGGAAAAAGAACUAGCUUACCCUGUGUUUUGGAGGGAGAGCAGAACUCUGUUAGAUGUUGAUGCUAUCACAUCCUACCUCCUUGUAGCAAGGUCCUGA